AUGGACUCGGUAUUGAAACAGAGAAGAGUAUCAUCUAUUCCCCGACUUCCGGAUGACGAUUCUGGAGAAGUCAUUACCUCUUUGCCCCCGCUAGAGAAAUCCCUUCCCCCACUACCUUUAGCUUCCUCGUCACGGAAGUUCAACUCUGCAGAUGAUAUACAGAGCAACAUGAGUACACCUUCUACUUCAUCAAGUACUACACAGUCUUCGUUGAAUGUGGCUAAAAAGUCUGAACCUACAGUUUCUACAACAACCACACAUAUCAGUUAUCAGAAUCUGAAGGAGGAUGUUUCUGUUGAAUCACUAGGCAGCCAGUUGGAUCACCUCAAUGAAUCAGAUGAGACUCAAAAGCAUACUCAAUCGGAAACCGAAGCUGAAAUCGAUUUUCAAAAAGGUGGGAUUGUUGUAGAGUCGGGAAAUGGUACCGAAAUGUUGUCAUAUAGAAGGCACAGCAGGAAGGGAACGCAGACCGAGAAUAUUCGAGUUUUACCAACAACUCCCAAGACAACUAACAACUCUGCCAUGUCAUCUCCACAAACAUCUAUUACUACCUCAUAUGCUAUCAACAGCACUAUUCCAGAUUAUUUAGCAACUCCUAAACAAAAAGCGAUUGACUAUAACUUGUACACAGAUGAAAAAUAUUUAGAUACCCAAUUCAGAUAUGCUUCAAACAAGAGAGAUGAUGAAUUCCAUCGUAUGUUUCCAGACAUACCUAAAGGUGAUCGUUUACUGGAUGAUUUUAGUUGCGCAUUGAGUAGAGAAAUACUACUACAGGGUAGAAUGUAUGUUUCUGAACAUUAUCUAUGUUUUAACUCAAGUCUACUUGGUUGGGUGACUUCAUUGGUGAUUUCACUUGAUGAGAUUCAGAAAUUUGAGAGGAAGUCUACGGUGGGUUUGUUUCCUAAUGGAAUAAUUAUUGAAACAAGGGAAGCGAAACAUAUAUUUGCAAGUUUUAUAUCAAGAGAUCAGACUCUAAAUUUUUUGGAAACAAUUUGGUCGAAGUCUGUAAGUUUGAGCCAGAAAAAUCAUGAGAAAAUUAGGGAAUAUGAAUCGCUAUCUUCUAGGACUUCAUAUGAAGGACUACAUGAGGGUGUCAAGUUACUUUCUGAAAAAGACCUAUAUACCAUAGAUGGUGACACGUCGAAUGAAGAAAGUGAUUCUGAAAGUAGUGGUGACCAAGUUGAUUACUCAAAUUCUAUCAAGUCCGAUGCAGCAUAUGUGAUAAGCCCUGAUAGUGAAAGCAGGUACCCAGGUCCUAAGGUUUAUCAAGCUUCAUCCUAUUCAAUAGACUAUGAAGCUACUGGGGAAACUGUUGUCUUGGAAAAAGAUUAUCAGAUUCCUUUGGGGCUACUUUUUGAAAUAUUUUUUGGAGAUGAUAUUUCAUUUCAUAAAAACAUGAUGGUACUGAAUGAUGGUGAAAAUUUUACAGAUUAUGGAGGCUUGAACAUGGAAGGUGAUAAGAGAAGUUUUGAAUAUGAUAAGAAGCUUAAUUAUCCAAUUGGGCCAAGCUCGACUCGUGUUUAUUGUACUGAGAAAUUAGAGCAUCUAGACUAUGAGGACCAUAUCGAAGUAUUGAAUAUUACCAAAACUCCUAACGUUCCUUCAGGUUCGUCUUUCGAUUGUAGAACUAGGUAUCUAUUUAAAUGGUCACAAAACGGGAAAUCAAAACUUAUCAUAACUUUCAAAUUAGAAUGGUCUGGUACCUCAUGGUUUAAAAAUAUUAUUGAAAGUUCGGCGAAGAGCGGACAAAUGAAAGCUGCUAAUGACGUUGAUGUUGAGCUGCUAAAAACCAUACCUCAGAAAAUGCUUGAUAAUGAAGUUUCCUAUGAAGAUACGAAUCCACUUUCUAUACAAUCACGCAAAACUGAUAAGAGAUUUCCAGGUCCAAAAUCGCAAUCAGCCUCCACUUAUAGUUUCAACUAUAAAGAAAAUAAUGAAACUGUUGUUUUGGACACUGAAUUUUCUAUUCCUAUGGGACUUUUGUUUCAAAUCAUAUUUGGAGAUGAUUUGACGUUCCAUAAACGCCUAAUGGAGCUAGGUGGUAGUAGUAAUAUUAGUGAGUACCAAGGUUUGGUUGAAGGAAGAAGAGAAAGAAGCUAUGAAUAUGAUAAGGCCUUAAACUAUUCCAUCGGGCCUAAAUCGACACAUGUCUACUGCACAGAGAAAAUUCUUCAUUUAGAUUAUAAUGAUCAUAUUGAAGUUUUAAAUAUCAGUAAGACUCCUGAUGUCCCAUCUGGUUCAGCAUUCGAUUGUAGAACUAGGUUUUUAUUCAAAUGGGGGGAAACUGGUAGCACAAAACUCAUUAUAAGUUAUAAAUUAGAGUGGACUGGUAGCUCAUGGUUUAAAGGUGUGAUCGAGAGUUCGGCGCUUAGUGGACAGAAAAAAGUUGGUGAAGACGUUAAUAUUGAGCUUUUGAAAAUUAUUCCACAAAAAGUCAUUGAGUUUGGUGUUAAUGAUGAGACUACUCAAAUAGAAGAGGAAAUCAAGGAAGUAAGAAAAGAGACGAGAGCUGACAAAAAUGUCUUACCUAUUGAAAAAGAGGUUGGUUUCUUUGAUUGUCAUUUUUUAUCAAAACAAGUCAUCGAAACCCCAUUUGGAGCUGUCGCUAUCACGAGGAUCAUCGUCAUUCUCCUUUUAAUCAUUUUGAUGCAGUUUGGAGUAAUCAUGUACCAGUUUAAGACAUUGAAACAUAUUUUGAAGUGUCAAACCGAAAGUUUAUCUGUUAUUAGUGAACAUUUGUUGAACUUAGAGAAUCAUCCAGCAGCCAAUCAAGGGGAUAUUAUUUUUUGA